ACACGCGGCCAGCCCUUCGGUAACUUGCUGCCGAUUCUCUCAGGCUGCAGGAAGGCGCAGCUCGGCUCAGGUCAUCAUCAUCUAGUAACAAGGAGGGGAUGCUCUCUAAAGCGAUUGCCAAUCUGAAGUCGGCUUAUUAAAGCUCUGUUUUCGUUGGACAACAACGCCCGAAGAUGGAUCGCGCCGCUGCUUCCAACGAGGAAGGGAUGGUGGCCAAAGCGAUUGAGGAGGAGAUGAUGUGGGAGUUCCUCCCCAAAAGGCUGAAGCUGUAUCUGAGCUCUAGCGAGGAGUGGAGCAAGAGGGUGAAGGAGCACUUCAUCAAAAAGAGGUUGCGAUGGGGAGAGUUCUUGGGGCGGCUUGGUUGUCGUGAGAUGGAAUAUUACGAGGAUCUUGUGAGAUAUUUGCGGAAAAACCAAGCGCUCUACCCGUACCAUCUCUCGGAUAUAACGUGUCGAAUAAUGCGGAUAUCUCCAUUCCGUUACUACUGCGAGUUGCUUUAUGAGGUGAUGAAGCAUGAGAGAUCGUAUGACACCAUCCCAAACUUCUCUGCCGCGGAUGCCCUUCGGCUGACAGGAAUUGGGCGAAAUGAAUUCAUUGAUAUAAUGAACAAGUGCAGAGCGAAGAAGCUGAUGUGGAAGAUCAACAAGUCUAUUCUGAAAGAGCAUUUGCCCAGUGCCCCAGUGGACUUCAACAUUGACUCCUGGUGGAACGUCUGCGUUGUUAACAUCUCCAAUGAAGAGUAUCGAAAACUUGCAGAAGAGGAGUUGGCUGUACUUGAAAAAGUGGUCAAGGAAGGGGCAAGCUUGGUGGGUGAGCUGGACCUCGACAUUGUGAGGAGGCUGUACAGAAGAGGACUAGUUUACUAUGAUGUUCCUGUUUAUAGCGCGGACCGGUUUCAAGUUUCAACAUUGGAGGGGUUUGUUUCCAACCGUGACCAGUCAUAUGAAGAUCCCACAGAAGAAUUACUAUAUCAAGUAUUUGUGGCAUCAAGUGAGCAUGCAACGGUUGCAGAGUUGGCUGGAACUUUACAGGCCGACCUGCUUCAGCUGGAAGCAGCGGUUUCCCUGGCUUGCCGUCUUGGAUAUGCGAGGAAGAUCUUUGACCCAUCAAAUUUUCUUACAAAGGAUGGUGGCGUCCCUGGCUCGCCAAACAGCGCAGACAGUGUAGGGGAGGAUGGAGGUCAAGGAAUGAUGGGCUAUCCUGGAAGUUUACAUGAUGAGAUGAUGGAUGGGUUAUCGCCGGAGCAUAUGGCGCAUAUGUUUGGCAGCUAUGGAGACUUGGCUGGACUUGGGCGGAACCUGACACGAUUUGCUCUUAUGGUGGACGCCAAUCUCACCAGCUACCUGAUGAUGGGGUCACUCUCACCUGGCUUGAAGCGGCAUGCUGUAACUCUCUUUGAGGCUGGCAAAUUAAAUGAUGCUAGUGUGACGGAGAUCAUAGACGAACUCCAAGGAAUUGAAGGUCAGAAGCUCGAAGGGGAACUGCAGCGGUUUGCUGACCAUGCUGUGAGCUUGAGGCAUGUUCUGCAGUGUCUGCAGCAGGGAGGCCAGGCAUGGGACUUGCCGAAAAGUGCAGGUACGGAGGAAAAGGAGGGGGACGUCGCUGUUGAAGCGGGUGGGGAGAGAUUAGCUGAAGUACCCAGAGGGGAAGGGAUGGAGGCAGAUGCUUCCGGUUUGAGUGCGGGAGGAUUCUUGAGUGUAAGAGAGGAUCGAGCCUCAGACUCGGCAAGUAAUGGGACUGGGGUGGACGGGGCCGGAGGGAAUCCUUCAGACAAAGGAGAAGUAGAAUUGGCAGAGGACGAGUGGCAAGGAUGGUAUGAAGGGCCAACAAAACCAGAGAGAAGAUGGCACGUGAGAGCAGGGGAUAAAGACAUGGUUGGAGAUGGGAAUGGCAAGCAAGUGGGAGCGAGAGCAAGUGAGGGUGCCGAAGAAGCUGGAGCAGAUUAUGGCGCACAAAAGCGAUCGACCCCGGGAGAUGACACUGAGUGUGGGACUGGGGACAGUCUCGGAAUGGGAGUAGAUCUGGGGAGGGGGGAGAGUGGAGAGUAUGUGGGAAGCAGUCAAUGGAAGGUUGGUGGUCCGCUUAGGCAUCAGCGGCUGCGAUGUCCUGUGGAUAUGCUGCGGUGUGAGAGCCUGGCAGGCUUGCCGCCUGCGACAUUGCAGCGAGUCAUGAAACGGGAUUACACAGUCGUGGUAUCAAUGGUGCCUUUGAUGGCAGCACCACCAAUGGUGAGCUCUGAAGGCAUGGGUCCUGUACAUUUCGGCCCGCCUUCAGGAGCUGCUGUUUCGCCAUGGAUGAAGCUGCUUUUGUAUGCUGUUGCGGGGUCGGGACCAGUGACAGUGGCGCUGGUGCAAGGGCAGAGGCUGCGUGUUCUGCCCACAGCACUGGCAGAUUGUGAUAAGGCAAUAGUUUGGUCAUGGGAUGGGGAGAGUCUCGGUGGUGUUGGGGGAAAAGGGGAAGGGACACUUGUGAAUGGCUCAAUACUAUUGCAUGUGCUCAAUUCGCUGCUAAGGCAGUCGGCUGUGCUUGUGCAGCCAUUAUGGGAGGAGGAUUUGGGUGUUGGCUCCAAGCCAGAGACCGCUGACUUACCGUUGCCGCUUCUCGAAGGAAGUGAAGGAGAAGCAGACAUUAGGGAGACUGCACACCCUUAUUCGCCAUGGAGGGGGGCAUCUGUAGGGGGAAAGGAUACCAGUCAGGGAGGGGGAUCGGAGGAGGGGAAGGAUGUUGAGCUGCACAAAUUGCCAGCCGUCAUUCAAUCAGUGAAUGAGCUUGAGCUAAGAACUGUGGGGUAUAUUCGCAUGAUGAAGGUCAGCAAGCAAUUAGCAAAUUAUGGAGGAGGAGGAGGGCAGCAGAUGUCCAGAUGGGACCGACCAGCGGUUUGGGUUCCGCAGAGUGUGGAGUUUGGUGUGCCUCUUUUUAAAACAGAGCUUUGUAAGAGUGUAUGUGAAGGGGCCAUAAGAGCAUGCUUGUUUGACUCAGCUGCACUGGAGCGUCAUCGCACGGCAAUGAUGAAUCUUCGUGUUAAGCUCAGAGAUUUCAUAUCAGACUACCGGGCCGGGGGCCCUAUUGCAACUGCUGCUUACCUGGGCCUUCCCCAACAGGAAUGGUGUGGCAGCGGGGUGUCAUUUGCUUGUGAUAGACGAAGUCGGUUGGGCUCAUUGGAUGACUUCUCAGUCAGCGGGCGCUUGAGUCCAAUUGCAUCGCCCAGAUAUGUAUCAGGGGAACAGAGGGGUGCCUCUGGAGAGCAGCGGCCACAUCGUCGCCUCCGAUCUGAAGUUGCAAGCUUCGAUAGUUCCGACCCAUCGUUCUCGCUUUGUCAUUUAGCAUCUAGCCAAGAUAGUCUGAAGAACUUUUUGAGGGGUGGUUCGGGUGGAUCAACGCCGCCUCGGGUGUUUCAAGCACCUCACAGGGUUGUUGAAGACACUUUGCGGUCGGAGGAUGGUACGCCGGGUACCACUGGCCAACCAGGAGGGCCUGGAGCAGCAGGAGGAGUAGGUGGGGCGGUCGUAGAGGACGAGGAGGAGGAGGUCGUGCUUCCAGGAUCAACGCCGCCUCGGGUGUUUCAAGCACCUCACAGGGUUGUUGAAGACACUUUGCGGUCGGAGGAUGGUACGCCGGGUACCACUGGCCAACCAGGAGGGCCUGGAGCAGCAGGAGGAGUAGGUGGGGCGGUCGUAGAGGACGAGGAGGAGGAGGUCGUGCUUCCAGGUGUCAAUCUACUGUUUGAUGGAUCACAGCUUUUGCCUUUAGAUGUGAGCACUUGCCUCCAGGGUCGUUUACCAGCGUCUCUUGUUGCUGAGGUUGCUUUCGCUUCUGGCCUUAUCACCCUUGAGAAUUCCGAGGGCACUGUUUCAUCUGCACGUGGGUCCGUUUCCGUUGCUUACGUUUCUUCGACAUCUUGACCUCUAUGAAGAGCAUUGAAGACCACUUUGCUCUGCCAUUCUACCGGCGGUUUGCCAGCUUGUCGGUGCGUUGUUUAUUUUUCCUAUAACAAAUUGAUCGAGUUUCACUCUUUUUCUUCUUGCGACUAAGAAUCGCCAAGAAGCUGUCAGUCACCGCUUGUUUGACCGCCUCCUGCGCUCCUGUUGUGUACAGUUGCAUGUCAUCCUUACUCGCGCGGGAUGGACUUCUCAAAUGAAUUGCACAGCGCGUGAUCAUCUCUUAGCCGCCGAAGGAGGUCUUGAGGACGCAGCAACUCUCACAUUUUUUUACAAGUAAUUUUAUUUUUUCCCCCGUGUUGUGAUGUUUACCAUUUUGCAGUAGGGGCUUUCUGCCUCGUGACGCUGUCCAUAAGGUUCCACAGUUCAAGUGAGAUAUUGUGUUCUUUCUGUCCUGUCUUCCUAAUCCUCCAGACUCAGUUGAUUUGCGCCGUGGAUUCCUGUGUCCAUGUUUGUGUUUGGGUUUUAAGGUAUUAAAGACCGCAGCACUCAUGGUGCAGCUUGUCACGCAGCAUGCUGCGUUAACUUGAGUGGUGUCUCACAGGCAUGGAAACCAUGUCUGCAAUUGGUGCAUUAACGGUAAUCCAAAUGUAGACAUUGUAAAGACCAAGCCCAAGACAGCGCCGUAGAGAGACCACCUGAAGAUGGAGAAAAGAAAAUAAGGAAAGAGAAUUGAUUGAUAAACGAGGACGAGGACGAGGAGGUCGACACAGACUGUUUCUUUCAUCAGGCUUGCAUUGACGCAUCGGAAGGCUCGACUCUCGACGGUCUGCAGAAUCACAAUGGCACGGCAAGGCAUGCAGUGGGGCUGCACGAUGAGCAGCAGGCCACAUGGCAGCAAUGCAAGAGUACAGUGAGGCAGUAAAGCACCAAGGCAAGAAGGCAGCGGCGCAGCUAGGCUUCAACACACCGUUACAUGUCCUCAGCCAAGUUGAGAAUCUGAUUGAGCCUCUCCAAAAAUUCUGGAGGCUCGCCCACCGUUGAUAAAAUAUAUUUGCGACAGGUGGCCUCCGAAAGGGGCCCACGGCCCAUGGCUGGCAUGUCCUGGUCCUUUGAAGCACCUGUGUAUGGCCCCAGCGAAGUUGAGAGUCCGGUUGAGCUUCUCCGAAAUAAAUCAACGGCGGGCGUGGAAGCACCUGUACAUUUCGGAGGCUUGCGUGCCGUUGAUAAAAUAAAUCGACGGCAGGCGGCCGCCGAAAGGGGCCCGCAGCCGAUGGCUGGCAUGUACCGUUUCUUAGAAGUUACAGGGAGAUGCGAAACGGAUGGAAGUGAGGCAGUGAAGCAGCACACAGGGAAAGCAAGCAAGCAGCAAAGGAGUGGGGUGACACCAAGAAGGCAACAACACAAGGCAAGUGGAUGGGCACCCAGGAAGGCAGCAAGGCAACACCGCGGAGUCCAUUCAUGCAGCAGGGACCAAAGCAGAUCAUCGCCUCCUCACAUCACAAGUAGAACUCCACAGACUGCAGGUGCACACCACUGUCAGAGCCAGGGAGUCGCCCCGAUAAAUUUGUGUCAUCGCCCAAGGAAUACACAGACAGGCAUCCCGGACAUAGCAUCCCCCCUAAUAGUGCUGCAGCCACUCCUGACGAAGAGUGUGCUGAGUAUUUGGCACAUCUUGGAGGUGCUCACGGUCGAGACAAAGGAGAAGUGCAGGAGAAGAACAGAAAAUGCCCAAAAUGCACAACAGAAAACAAAUCCUUGGGAAUGAG